UGUGGUUUGUGCACGUUCACCUCACUCAGAUUAUCAAGUCUUAAUCGUCAUGUGAAAACCCAUUCUGAUGAGAAACGUCAUGUGUGUCACCUCUGCCUUAAGGCUUUUCGUACAGCUACUCUCCUGCAUAACCAUGUGAAUGUACAUACAGGGACCAGACCCUAUAAAUGUAGUGACUGUGAUAUGGCAUUUGUGACCAGUGGUGAGCUUUCACGACACAGGCGCUACAAGCAUACUUUAGAAAAACCUUUCAAGUGUUCAGUGUGUAAAUAUUCUAGUGUAGAAGCAAGCAAAAUGAAACGACAUAUUCGCUCACAUACAGGAGAGCGUCCUUAUGCCUGUGACCUUUGCAGUUAUGCUAGCAAAGAUGCAUAUAAACUGAAAAGGCACAUGAUAACUCAUUCAGGUGAAAAACCCUAUGAGUGUUAUGUUUGCCAGACCAAAUUCACUCAAAGUGGUACCAUGAAAAUCCAUAUGUUACAGAAGCAUGGAGAAAGUGUGCCAAAGUACCAGUGUCCACAUUGUAGUACCUUUAUUGCACGAAGAAGUGACUUGGGUGUCCACUUGCGAAAUCUGCAUUCCUACAUGGCAGUGGCAAUUAAAUGCAGUUACUGUGAAGCUGAUUUUCAUGAACGCUAUGCUCUUAUUCAGCACAAGAAGACUCAUAGAAAUGAAAAAAGAUUCAAAUGUGAUCAGUGCAGCUACGCAUGUAAGCAGGAGCGACGCUUAAUUGUACAUAAACGAACCCAUACUGGUGAGAAGCCCUUCACUUGCUUGUGCUGCAGUAAAAGCUUUCGACGGAAGCAGCUUCUCACUCUUCAUUUUAGGAAGCACCAUGAUUCUAAUAUUAAGCCUACAGUUUAUGAAUGCCCUAAAUGUGGUAAGGGCUAUUCACUCUGGAAUAAUAUGCAUAAGCAUGCUGAAAAUUGUGGAUUGGUGAGGGCAAAAACUGCUACACCCAGAAAAAGAAGCAAGGGCAAAAAUAAAACCCAUGAGAACCCAAAGCGUGUUAAGCAAGAAGUUGACCUGGAAUCGUUCCAAGAUGUCUCCACUGUGAAAAAUGAACAUUGUGCCAGUGAGAUUGUUCCUGUUUUAGAUGGAAUAGAAACAGCAACUCCGAGAGAACAGAAAACAGAAAUGACUUGUGAAAUGAUUCUCAACAUGAUGGACAAAUAA